GCUCGUGCUCCUGGGGCAGCCGGGACUCGCCGGCCCCCAGCCUUUCCCAGCCGGCCAGGAGCAAGCAGCCUGGCCAGCAGCGAUGCAACAGGAAGUCUGAGAGCCUGAGCCGGCAGCGGGACCCCUAGAGCUUCCCCACUCCGCGCCCUGGCAUCGUUCCCCACAAGUACAAACACACACACAGAGCUCCCAUUGUUGCAGCCUUCCCAGCCCACUGAUCCUAAUAUGGAAUGCAGCAGGAAACCCAUGAUUUCCUGAGCUUCGGCAAGCUGGAGGAAGCAAGGGAGGGGGGUGGAAAACUCUAUUAAAAGGCCCAGCUUUCCUCCAUGUUAGCUGUGAAGUGGGGGGGAAAAAAUGGGGGCGAUUUAGCCGAAUCCCGGCCGGGCUGCUGACGGGCAGGACACAGCGGGCACCCGCAAGCUGCUGAAAUUUCUGGACUGCCAGCGAAGCCUCCAGGACUCCGGAGAUGAGGACUUAAACGGAGAAGGGACAGGAUCGGGCUCUUCUCGCAAUCCUCCUCCCUUCCACACCCCACCCCGCCGCGAGUGCCUGUCGCUGUUCGGGACCUCGAUGGCGAGCCACGGGGCGCACGCCAGCCUCCGACGUGUGCGGCUGCUCCAAGGGAGCCCAAGCGAGGCAGAGUGAACCCCAUCCAGCCCGGCACCGGCUCUGCGGGAGAGGCGGCGGGAGCAGCAGCCAGCGGGAGUCCCAGCCGCCGCGGCCGCCAGCAUGAACUGCACGGAGGGCACUGACAGCGGCUGCGGCCGUGCGGACCGCGCCGAGAAGAGGAUGCUCAAGUGCGUGGUGGUCGGCGACGGCGCGGUGGGGAAGACCUGCUUGCUCAUGAGCUACGCCAACGACGCCUUCCCCGAGGAGUACGUGCCCACCGUGUUCGACCACUAUGCAGUUACUGUGACAGUGGGAGGCAAGCAACACUUGCUGGGACUCUAUGACACCGCGGGACAGGAGGACUACAACCAGCUGAGGCCGCUCUCCUACCCCAACACCGACGUGUUUCUGAUCUGCUUCUCGGUGGUAAACCCCGCCUCGUACCAGAACGUCCAGGAGGAGUGGGUGCCGGAGCUGAAGGGCUGCAUGCCCCACGUGCCUUACGUCCUCAUAGGGACCCAGAUUGAUCUCCGCGAUGACCCCAAAACCUUGGCGCGUUUGCUGUACAUGAAGGAGAAACCGCUCACCUACGAGCACGGCGUGAAGCUAGCCAAAGCGAUCGGAGCACAGUGCUACCUGGAGUGCUCGGCCCUGACGCAGAAGGGUCUCAAGGCCGUUUUCGACGAAGCGAUCCUCACCAUUUUCCACCCCAAGAAAAAGAAAAGACGCUGCCCGGAGUGCCACGGCUGCUGCUCCAUUGUCUGAGGAGGCGGGGGACCCACCGAGGGGUGAGAAAGGCAGCCAUUCUCCGGGACCCAACAGGACUGCGCGACCAGAAAGGAACCCCCACGCCCCACCCCAGAGCCCGCCCAGGCACAGUGCCCUGCCCACCGCCACACCCGCUCUGCGGCCCGGCCUCCACUGCACACUCUCGGGACUGCGGAGCCGGCCUCUGACCGCGCACCCCUGAACACGUGGGAACAAAGUGGGAGGCCACCUUGCCUGUCACGUCUCUUCCUCCCAAGAGCGUGAGGCCAGCCGGAAGUCCUUCCCAUGAGCCUGAGGCCAGCCGGAAGUUCCUCCCAUGAGCAUGGGGCCAGCCGGAAGUUCCUCCCAUGAGCAUGGGGCCAGCCGGAAGUCCUUCCCAUGAGCAUGGGGCCAGCCGGAAGUUCCUCCCAUGACCAUGGGGCCAGCCGGAAGUUCCUCCCAUGAGCAUGAGGCCAGCCGGAAGUCCUUCCCAUGAGCAUGGGGCCAGCCGGAAGUUCCUCCCAUGAGCAUGGGGCCAGCCGGAAGUUCCUCCCAUGAGCAUGAGGCCAGCCGGAAGUCCUUCCCAUGAGCAUGGGGCCAGCCGGAAGUUCCUCCCAUGAGCGUGAGGCCGCCCGGAAGGAAAUCAUCACAGGAAAACCAAAGCUCCGUUGCUCCAUUCGGUGGCCUUUAGUUGAUGCCUUUGACAAAACAUGGGAAUACAUGCGUACUAACCUCUUUUUUCUAAAUCUGCUGUUCUACUCACGUAUCUUAUAUUCGUUUAUAUUAUCCCAAUAAUAUCCUAAAUUCCAGUUGACUCAGGCCUUACAAAUCCAUACCAAAGUAGCCUAAAGAUACAGCAUUUUAUAUUCACGUACAGUUUCACGGUGUUGCUACCAAAGCUGUUAGAACCAGCGUGUACCUCGGAAUGGCUGUGUACAAGAAGACGUGAGAAAAUUUUGAAAUUUUUGCAAACUUACAGAGCCAUGAUCUCUGAAUCUGGUUGUAAAAAAAAAAAAAAAAACAGCUGAGUUGUUGGCAGGCCCACACACAUUCUUGCCAACGACUCACCGUACAAGUGCUUAAGUUGGUAGGUAGUCUGAGCUUUUUCAUCUACUAUUGCCGUGGCAAACACAAAAAAAUAUGAAUUGUGUUUAGGAAAGUAGAAGUUCUGCAUUUCAUCAAAUUUGGGGGAAGAAUAUGGCAGGACUCAUCUUAAAAUAUUCUUUGUUCAGUAAAGUAGACAUUUCUGCUCCCUAUCCUCCCUGUUGUAGCCCUGUUCCUCCCAUGAUGUUAUUCUUUCUCCUAUGCCUGCCCUACCCUUCAUUCUUCCCAGUCAUAACCCGAACUGGCCAUGGGCAUGAAAAAAAUCAAGAGUUAAAAAAACCCCAAAGCUCAAGCAAAGUGCCUCAACUCCCCUGCCCACUUUCAACUUGCCCGGUGUAGUUCCCAUUCUGCCAAAUGGCAUUUUCCAGUUACAAUCAGAAAAUUGUACAAUUAUUGCCCCCCCCCAUCUUUCCUUAUUCAUCCUCCCAAAUAUAUAGUUAGGGACUAGAUUUGUGAGUGCCAAGCUCUGGAUCCGUUUCCAGAAUAAUCUGCCACAUAAAGCAGGAACUUUGACCUUGAGAAGGUCAAUGCUCCCAGUAAGGAGUCAUGACUCCUUUCCAUGUGACAACUCCAAACACCCAGGAAUUCUUGUGUCAUAAGUGAGUUACUUCCUACUCUUAUAUUAGAAGCCAUAAUCAUUCAUAUUUGCUUAUCACCUGGUUAUAUACUUAAUCAUUAUUUUAAUUGUAUAAGCAGAGUGGAUCUUUACAGUGUAAAAUUACACCAAUCCUAGUCGAAGACUUUAUGGAUUCGAGCUCCCUCUGUUGGAGGGGAGGGGACACAGAACUCCUCUUCCUUCUGCUCCUAGAAGAAGCACAUAGAAAGGAAUUGCAUGGUGUGGGAGGUCUUUUCCAUUAAGACUUUCCAGAACACUCUGUCAGUUUUAGGGGGUUUUGUUUGUGUGUUUGCUUAGAAUUUCUAAAAUGUGUUUUCCCUUUUUUCACAUUUCAAGUACUAGUUCCCAUCUCAUCUAACUGCUAACACACACACACACACACAUCCCUAAAGCAAACGGGAGUUCUGUAAGCCAAAGCUUGACAUUUAGAGAAAAAAAGGACCUUCUGCCUUAAUAAAUGGGAAUCAACUGUGUAUGAACUAUAGCUCUGCAAAGGUUAUGAUUUCAUCCUUUACAAACAAUAAUGAGCAUUUAGCACUGUAAUAAAGGAAGUAUGUCAGCCA